AAGGAUAACAUAACGUAAAUUUAGAAACAAACAGACCCCUCUCGUGACUAUCGCCUUCCGUAAAGCCGAACCGCAACGAAGGAAGCUGAGCAAAGAAUAAACCCAUAGCAUCAUCUAUCUAUUCCAUCUCUCAUUCACUCUCUUUCCACUAAAACCUAUACACACACACCUAAACCUAUAGAUACACGCAUAAAUCUCGCGAUUCCGAUGGUUCCGAUGGCGUCGUCGAUUCGGCCGUGCAUCUCCGCCUUGAGAUUCUCCGGCGCCACUCGUUUCAGCGUCUCUCUGUCGUCUCCGCAACGCCUCAGUUUCCACACUCUCGGCAGUGUGGUUCCACAGUCGCAGCUUUUUAGCCUGAAAUCUUCCAAGCUUCUACACGGAGAUAAAAAAAGCAUGAUAGUUACUGCAAUGGGGAAUGCAACUCAAGCAAGCACUGCUACCGAUGAAAAUAUUCUGCAGUGGGUGAAGGAGGACAAGCGGAGAAUGCUCCAUGUUGUUUAUCGUGUUGGUGAUAUGGAUCGGACAAUAAAAUUUUACACAGAGUGCCUGGGGAUGAAGCUGUUACGGAAACGUGACAUACCUGAAGAGAAAUAUACAAAUGCAUUUCUUGGAUAUGGCCCAGAAGAUUCUCAUUUUGUCGUAGAACUUACUUACAAUUAUGGAGUUGAUAAGUAUGAUAUCGGAUCUGGGUUUGGACACUUUGGCAUAGCAGUUGAUGAUGUUGCCAAGACUGUGGAACUCGUAAAGGCCAAGGGUGGAACAGUGACCAGGGAACCUGGUCCCGUGAAAGGUGGAAAAACAGUUAUUGCAUUUAUCGAAGAUCCAGAUGGUUACAAAUUUGAGCUUCUAGAGAGGGGCCCUACUCCUGAGCCUUUAUGUCAAGUAAUGCUUCGUGUUGGAGAUCUUGAUCGAGCAAUAAAUUUUUAUGAGAAGGCUUUUGGCAUGGAGCUUCUUCGCAAGCGUGAUAAUGCUGAAUACAAGUAUACAAUUGCAAUGAUGGGUUAUGGACCUGAAGACAAAAACGCGGUGCUAGAGUUAACAUACAAUUAUGGGGUCACUGAAUAUGACAAAGGAAAUGCCUAUGCUCAGAUUGCAAUAGGCACAGAUGAUGUCUAUAGAACUGCCGAAGCAAUAAAACUAUGUGGCGGGAAAAUUACACGGGAACCUGGACCGCUACCUGGAAUUAGCACAAAGAUUACUGCAUGCCUGGAUCCUGAUGGUUGGAAAUCGGUAUUUGUUGAUAAUUUGGACUUUUUGAAGGAACUGGAAUGACCUUAGAAUAUCAUUACAUAAUGCUCUUGUAACAAUCAUGUGGUGCGAGACUUAUGUAAAACUUUGUAAAGCUUCUUGAUAGUUUAUAAGAUCAAAAUGAGAUGUUCUUUUCAGAAGUCGUUGCUGUAGAUUGUAUGAUAACCCUUUUGCAGAUUAAGUUAAAAUAGUUUUACGCA